AGAAGCUCGUACCUCAGUUUAACGUGUCUGUGUCUGUGGUGAACAACAUGAAGUGCUCUGUCCUCUGCCUCUUGGCUGUGGCCUUUGUGCCUUUGCUCUCCGCUCUGAAAGUGGCUUCAGAGAAAGAUGGACGUUGUCCAGUGAGCUUUCUGAACGUUGAUGUUCCGCUCGGUCUUUGCCGGGAGCAGUGCUCCACAGACAGAGAUUGUGAGGGGAACUUGAAGUGUUGCUACAGCGGCUGUGAUCGCCUGUGUCAAGAACCACUCAGAGUGUCCACAGAAGUGCCUAAACCCAAACCAGGAUCGUGUCCUAAACCAAAGGGUUUUGUGGACUGUACCCAUACCUGCAAAUCUGACCAAGACUGUAAGGACAACCUGAAAUGCUGCUCCAACCGCUGUGGACGAACCUGUCAGAAGCCAGUCAAAAGAACCAAACCAGGAUCCUGUCCUGCUCCAAUCCCCCAUGUGUUUAAGUGUCUUGAUCAAUGCUCUGACGACAGCGAAUGUGACAAGAACUUCAAAUGCUGCUACAGCGGCUGUGGCUAUGAGUGUAAGAGCCCUGAACAUGGCAACCAUGGAAAUAUGGGAGAAUAGUAAUCAUCAC